GUAUCUCGAAGACUGUAGAAAGAUGUCGCAAACGGCGAAGAAACGAAAAUGCGAUAAAACCCGACAGGACAACCUUUAUUUUGAUAGCUAUUCAGAUGUGACAAUUCAUGAAGAAAUGAUAGCGGACCAUGUACGAACCAACACGUACAGACUAGCCAUUUUGACGAAUAGCGAGUCAAUUCGAGGUAAGGUUGUACUGGACGUGGGGGCAGGAACCGGCGUUCUGAGCAUGUUCUGUGUACAAGCCGGCGCCAAAAAGGUGUACGCAGUCGAAGCGUGUUCCAUCGCCGAACAAGCUGUGAAAAUUAUCAAACACAACAGCAUGGACGACACAAUCCAAGUCAUAAGAGGCACUGUCGAGACUGUGGAGUUACCGGAAAUGGUGGAUGUGAUUGUGAGCGAGUGGAUGGGUUAUGCUCUCCUGCACGAGUCAAUGCUCAACUCGGUCCUGUACGCUCGCGACAAGUGGUUGAAAAAUCCCGGCGGGGUUAUUCUGCCCAACAAAGCCGAACUCUUCAUCACACCCAUCAGCGAGCCAGUGGUGGAGGACCGCUUAUACUUCUGGUACACGCUCAAGGACAAGUACGGCGUGGACAUGUCCUGUAUGAGUGACUUUGCCAGAAAAUGCAUCAAGAACUCGGACAUUUCUGUCAGCCCGGUCACCGCCGAGGACGUGCUCUCCCACCCUGCCCGCUUCGCCGAGCUGGACCUGUACACGGCCACGGUGGAGCAGAUGCGGUCGGUCAAGGGUCACUUCAGGUGCGAGUCUUUCGGCUCUGCGGCAGUGAACGCUUUCUGCGUCUACUUCACGGUCUCCUUCCCCUGCCCGGACAAACCGCAAGCGCUCGUUCUGUCCACGUCCCCGUUCAAGCCCGAAACCCACUGGAAGCAAGCGGUUCUGUACCUGGAUGAGCCCGUGGACGUGAUGCAAGACACCCUGGUGAGCGGUGAGGUCAACAUGUACCCCUCGGAGGAAAGUGACAGACAUAUAUGCAUUCAUCUGGAGUACACCGUCGGACAGCAGAAAACACAGUCUAAGACUUUCUCUAUCCCCGACUGGACCGCUGAGACGCUGUCGUAGUUUACUGUCCUCGAACUCGCCCCGAAAGGAGCAUUAUUAAGAUUGUAGUUCUCAAUGUUUCAGCGCUCAUUCAUGGAUGGCAAUAUUUUGCAAGUGGCACAUUUUAUUUGGUGACAUCUCAGUGCAUUGCACACAAAUCCUGUAAAAACGUUUCAUGAAUGUGUCGGAAAUAAAGUGUUUGACUGUAAUUUGGAUGGUGAUUUACUCCUUAAAGUAGCCCGUAGUGGCUGCUAACAGUGCAGUUUGACUCGUCAAACGUCAGAAUCCGAACCAAAGCCAUGUCUAUAAUAUCCUGUCUGGGUCUGCAACGAGCCGUUGUUAUUGUGUUGAUCCAUCUGAAGAUGGGCCUUUGGAUUAAUCCAGUAAUCGGUUGUGCCCGAGAACAGGAGUGUCCAAACUCUCUCCACCCAUUCGUAUUUUUGAUAAAAACACAUCUGGAUCUCAGCUUUGACGUACGGGAGACGAAAAAGCAUAUUAGUAUGAACUUCACUCCACUCAUUUUUG